AUGAGGCAGAUCACAGUCCUGAUGCUGGUCCAGGUCCUGGUCCUGGUCUACGGGGCCCGCUCUCCCUACCAGUCUGUCUUGCAACACAGCCGCAUCCGGGGGAGACAGCAGGGGCCAAACGUGUGUGCCAUGCAGCAGAUCAGGGGCACGGAGAAGAAGUACUUUACCAACUGCAAACAGUGGUACCACCGCAAGGUCUGCGGACAGCCCACGGUGAUCUCCUAUGAAUGCUGUCCCGGCUACGAGAAGGUCCAGGGAGAGAAGGGCUGUCCAGCGGCGCUCCCUCUGGUGAACAUCUACCACACCCUGGGGGCAGUAGGGGCCACCACCACUCAGAUGUACACAGACCGAGCGGAGCUGAGACCAGAGAUCGAAGGACCAGGGAGCUUCACCUUCUUUGCCCCGAGCAACGAGGCCUGGGCUGCUCUGCCGACGGAGAUUCUGGACGCACUGGUCAGUAACGUGAACAUCGAGCUGCUGAACGCUUUGCACUACCACAUGGUCAACAAGAGGCUGACCUCAGAGGAGCUGAAGCACGGAGCCACCUUCACCUCCAUGUACCAGGACUUCAACGUGCACAUUCAGCACUACUCCAACGGGAUUGUGACGGUGAACUGCGCUCGCCUGAUCAAACCAGAUCAACAUUCCACAAACGGCAUCGUGCACGUGGUGGACCGCGUCAUUACGGCUGUGUCCAACGACGUGCAGACUAUCAUCGAGGUGGACGACGAUCUGGAAACACUCAGGACUGCUAUUGCUGCAGCUGGGCUCACGGCGAUGCUGGAGUCUGGGGGCCACUACACCGUUUUCGCUCCAACAAAUGAAGCCUUCGAAAAGAUCCCGACAGAAACCCUGAACCGUAUCCUGGGAGACCCCGUGGCCCUGAAAGAUAUGUUGAACUACCACAUCCUCAGGAACAUGCAGUGUGCUGAGUCCAUCGUGGCGGGUGCUCCCAUGGAGACUCUGCAGGGGACGGUCCUGGAGGUGGGCUGUGACGGAGAUGACCUCACCCUGAACGGAAAAGCCAUAGUCACCAAGAAAGACCAGCUGGGAACCAACGGAGUGGUGCAUUACAUCAACGAAUUGCUCAUCCCAGACUCAGCAAAGACCCUUCUGGAGAUUGCAGAGAGCUCCAACGUAGCCAUGGCAACCAAGCUGUUUGUGGAGGCAGGGCUGAGCGGGCACCUGACCGGUACAGAGGCACUAACGCUGAUGGUGCCUCAGGACGAGGCCUUCACAGGCAGCUUGUCGAUGAACCCCUCGAUGAAGACUCUCCUGUCCCACCACAUCCUCAAAGAGCGUCUGUCCUCCAAGUCCCUGUACCAUAACCAGCUGCUGGAGACCCUAGGGGGCCUCAAACUCCGAGUCUUUGUCUACAGAAACAACCUGUGCAUUGAGAACGCCUGCAUCGCUGCUCACGACAAAGUGGGACGCUUCGGCUCCAUGUUCACUGUGAGCAAACUGCUGACGCCCCCUACAGGCACCGUCAUGGAUCUGCUGAAGGCUGACAACCGCUUCAGUGUCCUGGUGGGGGCGCUGCAAACUGCAGGGAUGACUGAGCUCCUCAACCAGCAGGAGCUGCUGACAUUCUUUGCUCCGACCAACGAAGCUUUCAACUCCAUCCCCACUGCAGAGAGGAGCCGCCUCAUGAGGAACAGUGCGGAGCUGUCCAAGCUGCUCAAGUUCCACAUGGGAGAAGGUCUGCUGGUCAGCGGAGGGGUCAGCUCUCACACCAGGGUCCAACCACUGCAAGGGGACAGGCUGGAGCUGGGCGUGCGUAACUACACCGUGUAUGUGAACCGAGUGCCAGUGCAGGACGCAGAUCUGAUGGCCACGAACGGAGUGGUGCACGCUGUCCACCGCAUCAUCAAACCACUGCCUCCUAAAGUGGACAGAGAACAGUCGGACGGUCCAGCAGCAGCUCUCAGAUCCCUGUCCACCGUCAGGCUCAACUCCCGGAGCCUCAGUAAAGAGGAGUUGUUCAAAAGGGUGAUCCAAAGCCGUUCCAGCUACACGUACAGUUUAUUGUUUGCUGAAGCCGUCAUGUCGCGGUACAGACCUCCUUUAGCAGACACGGACCAGAGGCCAUUUUCCCGUAGCAUGGGCCCAGGACCAGAGAGAGGAGGCAGGAUGUUCAGACCUCCUCUAGGAUCCAGGCCGCCCUGGUCAGACCGACCACCCCACCAUAGGCCUCCGCACCACAGGCCAUCCCAUCAGAGGCCUCCCCCCGAGAGGCCUCCCCACCUCAGACCUCCCCACCUCAGACCUCCCCCUGCACACAACUGGCCGUCUGAGUCUAACUGGUCAUCGGAGUCCGGCUGGCCUCAGCAUCCCCCUGGUCCUCCUGACUGGUCCAGGCCACCGCCCCCUAUGCCUCCCGUGUCAGCAGCAGAUGGCGCGCUGGGUGUGCUCAGCAGCUAUGGUCUGGAUGCUGGGGAUUUGUCUGCUUUAGCUGAGCUGCCAGAGGACAUGCUCACACUCAAGUCUCUGCCCAUGCUCCUUAAGCAGAUCAAGGGUCUCAAGAAGGAGCCCCGUGCCCAGCCAUACUUGCCCCCAGCAGGUCCCGCCCCUAGGCAAGAUAUGGAACAUUCACUGAGUUUUCAUCGGGAGCCAGUUCCGUCAAAGUCCGACUUUCCCGCAGCUCCUGGUGGAUCCUCCUUUGUGGUGGAAUACGGACACUGCGCGGCUUCUGUGGACGAGUCCCGCAAGUCUCCAGAGCGCUCGCGGCGCCCCUCUCCUGGCUUUACUCACGGCUCAAAGGAUUUUAGAAGAUCUUCUGAACGAACCCCUGUAUCGGGAGCCACUUUGCCAACGGAAACUGAGGCCAGGGACUUCCUGGGGAAGAGGCCUUUAGGGUUCCCCCAUUCCUGCUCAAUCUGCGAUAUCACCGUGCUGUCUGACUUGGUCUGGACUCAGCACGUCAAGUCAACCUUUCAUGCAGACAGCCAAGUCCUUUUAAUGAAGAGAUACCCAACUUGGGACUGUCGUAUGUCCUCUAUUCGCAAGAGAUCUGAAAAUGUGGUGGAAGCUCCAAAGAAAAAGAACAAAAAAGAAGGGCCGUCAACAAAACCGACGGCCACUAUAGUGUGCGCCAAGUUCCCUUCACACUCAAUUGACGCGGCUCACAUUCGAUAUCUCUUGGACGACUUUGGAGACAUCGUGACAGUGGCCAUGUUCCCUACUCUGGCUUUCGUGGAGCUCCAAACACCAGAACAAGCCCAGUUUGUGGUGGACCACUUCACCAAGGCUCCACACAAAGUGAAAAAUGAGAACGUGGAGUUCACACUGUCCACCACCUUCAAUUUCCUCCAGAGCUCCUUCGUGCUGAACUUCCACCCUGUCCCCUUCGGUAUGGACGGCCAGACAGACCUGCUGAGCAUCAUCAAACGCUUUGGGACACCUCGCUACACCAUGUUUCUGCCCAAGAGGAUGCAGGCCUAUGUGGAGAUGAUGGACCCAGCUGAAGCUCACAAACUCAUGGAGUAUUAUGCUGAAAGUCCUUUGAAAAUGAAUGGAGUCGACAUCAAAGUGACCUUUUCACAGGAAUUCCGAACUCUGGCGCGCUGUCUCAAAGCUGUGGCUUAUGGUAAAGAUGGGGAGCCCAUCUCGUCCCAAUCCAGCAAGAAGCGGAGCAGUCCCUCUAAGGAACAAGGCUCCAAACCAGUCAAGAGCGAAGCCAAAUCUCCUGAAAAACCUGUGGACAAACCGACGGAGAGCAGUGCAUCCGGAGGCGACGCCAAACCCACCACAGAAUCAGAAGCACAGCCAACAGAAACCAAGCCGACAGAUGCAGGGCCUGAGCCGAAAGAAGAUUCAGUAAAUCUUUCUGAAGAUAACACCGAGGAGGUGGCCAUGCAGCUGGAUGAGGAGGUGGUGCCCAUGGAGCCGGAGAAUGAGAGCGACUGUCCCUUCGAUCUGAAAUACUGCAUCACUUUGGAUGAAGUCCAACCUGGUGCUGAGGAAGAGGAUGAGGAUGACGAUGAAGAAGAUUCUCCGCGGGUGGUCUACAUCGGAAACCUGCCCUUGUGCCAGUUCUCUGACCCACAGUUCUUAAAGAUGGUCAUGUUGGUGUCCAGACCUGUGCGCUACUUCCUCAACAGACGAGAGAGAAGGGCCCUGGUGGAGUUUAAAAGCCAAUUUGCAGCACGGCGCUUUGUGGCCAAAAUGCAGAACCACGACUUUGGUGGAAGUCCUAUCGACUCCUUUAUAUCCAACAAAUACAACAGACUUCCCUGGGGGCGGGGUGUGGAAUACGACGAUUACGGCCGCAUCAUGAGACACUUCCGCAUUGGUACCUCGCCGCCACGUGAUGGCGUCCCCAAACCAGUGAACCGCCUGUCCCACCGGUUUGCCCCCAUCGAGAUCAGGCGUAGCUCUCGCUCCAGGUCUCGGGGCCGAGUCAGGGGAAGAUCUCGGUCUCGCUCUAGGGAACGGUCCAGAGGCCGUUGGGGAAGGUCUCCCGAUAGGUUUAGACGUAGUUCCAGAGACCGGUCUCAAGGGAAGUCCAGGGAUAGAACCAAAGGCGGGUCCAGAGACCGGUCACGGGAUCGAUCACAAGGUCGAUCACGGGGUCGAUCACGAGAUAAGUCUAAGGCCAUGUCCAAGGGCAGAUCUAUGGACAGACAGUCUCCCAGACAGACAGAGAAAUCUGGUGAAACUGACCAAAUGGGUUCCAAGAAUGAAUCCCAGAGCUCCCAGUCACGAGAUGGAGAAGGCCAGGCCGCCAAGGACGCUCCAGCUGAGGACGCUCAGACCAAGGAUGCCCAGGCCAAGGACGCUCAGACCAAGGAUGCUCAGGCCAAGGAGGUUCCGGCCGAUCACGCUCCGGCUAAAGACGCUCCACCUGACGCUGUGGCCGAGGAUGGUCCAAAAGCAGAAGAGGAAGGCUGGGUGGUUCACGAAGACAUGGACGAUCAGCGGCAAGAGAAAAAUGUAAUGUUGCAAAUAUUGAGCGUGGUUUCACUGAAGGAUGAUCCAAAGGAGGAGGGAGCGGUGAAGGACGGAGGAGACACAGAGGAAGGAGAGGAGCCGAGAGACAAACAGGACGCCAUGGCGACAGAAGCUGGUGCCGCAGAAAUUGCCGUCCCCAGGAAACCCAUAGGGAUGGAGUUUAUCUUGUUCUACUGCGACUUGUGUGACGUGAAGUUCAGUGAUGAGAAAGAUGCUCGCGAGACCCACUGCAGCAGCCCCCAACACUGCCUCAAAUACCAGGAGAGGACUCGUGGAACAACAGACUAA